AUGAAACUUAUAGUUUGCAAUGAACUUCAAAGUAUAGAUACAACAAAAGUUUUGAACUCAGAUGCUUUGAAGAGUCUUAUAACAGACAAAGUUGGAGUUGUUGAAAGAAAGUAUAAAGACCAAAGAGUUUGUGAGAAUGUUGCAAACUUCAUUAUGGUUUCAAACAAUACUGUUCCGAUGAAGUUAGAAAGUUCUGACAGAAGAUAUGUAGUUGUCAGAACGUCAGAUUCUCAUAUGCAAGAUACAGAAUAUUUUGACGACUUAGCAGAAACUUUGACAUCUGACUUUUACAACCACUUGUUCUCAUAUUUUAUGACAUUAGAUAUUUCAAAGUUCAAUCCAAGACAAAUUCCACAUACCGAAGAGAGACAAACAUUGUUAGAAGCAAACAAGAGUGUAUAUGAACUGUUCAUAGAUGAAACUGACUUUGUGUCAUUAGAUGAAAGGUCAUUGUACGAUGAAUAUAAACAGUAUUGUCAAGAGUAUGGUUAUAUGGCAGCUUCUAAACGUACAUUCUUGGCAAAUGUCAAAAAUCUUUUAGAUGUUCAGAAUGGUGUAUAUACAAAGAAAAAUUUUUCUGAGUAA